UUUUCCAUAUAUAGGAGCAACUCACACAGUGACAGACAAACUAGGUAGAGGUAUAGAUCUCAGUCAGAUGCCUAAUCGGUGUUCACGUACACGUACACGUACACACACACACUUCACACGCUCAAGUUUUUUGGACAGUAGUAACUGAGUGAAGUGUCAGCCCUGCUAAUACAGACGUUUAGCCCUUCUAUUCAGCCAGGGAAAGGCACUAAGGACAGAGCUCUUGAACGACUGCAUUGAUUUACCCAUCAGGAAAAGUUUCAAAAUCAUGAAUGGACCGGUGGAUGGCUUAUGUGACCACACCCUAGAUGGUGAAGGUGGUUUCAUGUUCACAUCAGAGUCUGUGGGAGAAGGACAUCCAGAUAAGAUCUGUGAUCAGAUCAGCGAUGCUGUACUAGAUGCUCAUCUUCAACAAGAUCCAGAUGCCAAAGUUGCUUGUGAGACAGUGUGUAAGACAGGCAUGGUGCUGCUCUGUGGGGAGAUCACAUCCCUCGCCGUUGUCGAUUAUCAACGAGUAGUACGAGACACAAUUAAGCACAUCGGCUAUGAUGAUUCAGCCAAAGGCUUCGACUACAAGACUUGCAAUGUUCUGGUGGCACUUGAGCAACAGUCGCCGGAUAUUGCCCAAGGUGUUCAUCUGGACAGGAAUGAAGAGGAUGUUGGUGCUGGUGACCAGGGCUUGAUGUUUGGUUAUGCAACAGACGAGACAGAAGAAUGUAUGCCUCUCACUAUCAUCCUUGCUCACAAACUGAACACCAAGUUAGCUGAGCUGAGACACAACGGUGAUCUCCCUUGGCUAAGACCUGACUCUAAGACACAGGUCACUGUUCAGUACACCCAGAAAAAUGGAGCUGUCAUCCCGGUCCGUGUUCACACCAUUGUGAUAUCUGUGCAGCACGAUGAAACUAUCUCGCUGGAGCACAUGCGCAAAACCCUGAGAGACCGUGUCAUUAAAGCUGUAGUUCCUCCCAAAUACUUGGAUGAGAAAACAAUUUAUCACCUCCAGCCCAGUGGGCGCUUUGUCAUUGGAGGGCCACAGGGUGAUGCUGGCGUGACUGGUCGAAAGAUCAUUGUGGACACGUAUGGAGGAUGGGGAGCCCAUGGAGGUGGUGCCUUUUCAGGCAAAGAUUAUACAAAGGUGGACCGGUCGGCAGCAUACGCAGCCCGGUGGGUGGCCAAGUCUUUGGUGAAAGCCGGGCUGUGUCGUCGUGUGCUGGUGCAAGUAUCUUAUGCCAUUGGAGUGGCUCAGCCUCUCUCCAUUUCACUGUUCACUUAUGGAACCUCUCAGAAAACCGAGAAAGAGCUCCUGGACAUUGUGCACAAGAACUUUGACCUUCGACCCGGAGUCAUUGUCAGGGAUUUGGAUUUAAAGAAGCCCAUUUAUCAGAAGACUGCCUGCUAUGGUCACUUCGGAAGAAAUGAAUUUUCAUGGGAGGUGCCAAAGACACUUGUGUUUUAGUAAUAAUGAGUCCAUCCCCAAAGCAGAAAGCAAGA